AUGUCUUCACUCUUACCGAUCAAAUUUCAAGAGCAUAUUUUGUUACAAAGUUUGGGUAUAAAUGCGGCAAAUAUCGGAUUCGCAACGUUAACAAUGGAAUCGGACAAAUUUAUUGUUGUAAGAGAAAAAGUUGGUGAGAAUGCUCAGGUUGUUAUUGUUGAUAUGAAUGAUGUCAACAAUCCUCUUCGUCGACCAAUCACUGCAGAUUCGGUAAUAAUGAAUCCUGCAACAAAAGUUCUAGCUUUAAAGUCGUCCCGUACCCUUCAAAUUUUCAACAUCGAACUGAAAACUAAAAUGAAAGCCUACAAUAUGCCAGAAGAUGUGAUCUUUUGGAAAUGGGUCAAUGUUAAUACGAUUGCAUUAGUAUCAGAAACUGCAGCAUAUCAUUGGUCACUACAAGGUGAUUCACCUCCAGUAAAAAUGUUCGAAAGACAUUCAACAUUGAGUGGAUUUCAAAUAAUUAAUUAUCGAGCAGACGCAGAAUGUAAAUGGUUGUUGGUGAUUGGAAUUGCUGCUAAGGAUAAUCGUGUGGUUGGUGCAAUGCAGUUGUAUAGUACAGAGAGGAAAGUAUCACAACCAAUUGAAGGUCAUGCAGCAUGCUUUGUGAGCUUUAAAACUGAAGGAAAUCCACAUCCUAGUAAUUUAUUCUGCUUCUCUGUUCGAACUAUCCAAGGUGGAAAGCUUCAUGUUAUCGAGAUAGGUAGCCCACCAGCUGGUAAUCAACCCUUUCAAAAGAAACAGGUGGAAGUAUAUUAUCCAGCUGAAGCUGCUACUGAUUUCCCGGUUGCAAUGCAGGCUUCAUCAAAGCAUGGUAUCAUAUAUUUGGUGACGAAAUAUGGCUAUGUGCAUUUAUAUGAUAUCGAGACAGCAGUAUGCAUUUAUAUGAAUCGAAUCUCAUCAGAAACUAUCUUCGUCACUGCUGAAUAUACUGCUACCGAAGGAAUAAUUGGCGUAAAUCGGAAGGGACAGGUUCUCUCAGUAAGUAUUGAUGAGCAAAAUAUGAUCCCUUACGUGACACAAACAUUGCAAAAUCCGGAGCUUGCAUUGAAAUUAGCAGUACGUUGCGAUCUUCCAGGAGCUGAGGAAUUAUUUGUUCGUAAAUUCAAUCUACUUUUCGGUAAUGGAAAUUAUGCUGAAGCUGCAAAAGUUGCUGCAACUGCUCCUCAAGGCAUUUUAAGGACACCGCAAACAAUUCAGAAGUUCCAACAGUGUCCACAUACAGGCGGUGGACCAAGUCCUCUACUCCAGUAUUUUGGGAUAUUACUUGAUCAGGGGCAACUGAAUAAGUAUGAAACGUUGGAGCUGUGCCGACCGGUGCUAGCACAGGGAAGGAAGCAAUUGUUGGAGAAAUGGCUUACUGAGGGAAAGUUGGAAUGCACUGAAGAAUUGGGGGAUCUGGUUCGUCCACAUGAUGUCAACGUUGCACUGUCUGUUUAUCUUCGUGGUAACGUACCUCAUAAGGUUGUACAAUGCUUCGCUGAAACAGGACAGUUCGAUAAAAUUAUUUUGUAUGCUAAAAAAGUGAACUUCGAACCUGACUACUUGUUCCAACUUCGACAAGUAUUACGUUCAAAUCCAGAGAUGGGAGCUAAAUUUGCACAAAUGCUUGUAUCUGAAGGCGAAAAUGAGCCACUAGCUGAUAUUAACCAGAUAGUUGGAUGUUUCGAGGAAGUACAAGCAGUACAACCAUGUACAUCGUUCUUGCUUGAAGUACUGAAAAGUGAUAAGGAGUCGGAGGGACAUCUUCAAACAAAAUUGCUUGAAAUGAAUCUUCUUUAUGCUCCACAGGUAGCAGAUGCAAUAUUAGGUAAUCAGAUGUUUCAUCAUUACGAUCGUGCAACGAUUGGACAGUUGUGUGAAAAAGCAGGUUUAUUGCAACGAGCUUUGGAGCACUUCACUGACCUUUACGAUAUCAAAAGAACCGUUGUCCAUACCCAACAUCUUAAACCUGAUUGGCUAGUGAAUUACUUUGGGCAGUUGUCAGUGGAGGAUUCACUGGAAUGUUUGAAAGCGAUGCUACAAACAAACAUGCGGCAGAACUUGCAAAUUGUUGUUCAGAUAGCUACUAAAUACCAUGAACAGCUUACUACCCAUGCGCUCAUUGAUCUAUUUGAGUCGUUCAAAAGCUACGAAGGACUGUUUUACUUUUUAGGCUCUAUUGUCAAUUUUUCGCAAGAUCCUGAAGUUCAUUUUAAAUACAUCCAGGCUGCUACUAGAACUGGACAAAUCAAAGAAGUAGAAAGAAUUUGUCGUGAAUCAAACUGCUAUGAAGCAGAACGAGUUAAAAAUUAUUUAAAAGAGGCUAAAUUAACGGACCAAUUGCCUCUGAUCAUUGUAUGCGAUCGACAUGAUAUGGUGCACGAUCUUGUCCUUUAUCUUUAUCGAAACAAUCUGCAGAAAUACAUUGAGGUGUUCGUACAGAAGGUAAAUCCGGCACGACUACCUAUUGUUGUUGGUGGUUUGCUGGAUGUAGAUUGCUCGGAAGAUGCAAUCAAACAACUCAUCAUCAAUACAAGAGGAAAAUUUGAUAUUGACGAACUAGUUGACGAAGUCGAAAAGAGGAACAGAUUGAAACUAUUAGCACCAUGGCUAGAGAUGCGUGUUCAGGAGGGAACUGUUGAUCCAGCAACGCACAAUGCUCUUGCUAAAAUCUAUAUUGAUGCCAAUAAUAAUCCUGAACGAUUUCUUCGUGAAAAUCCAUAUUAUGAUUCGCGAAUUGUUGGAAAAUAUUGUGAAAAAAGAGACCCACACUUUGCAUGUCUUGCAUAUGAACGUGGCCAAUGUGAUGCUGAACUUGUUAAUGUGUGUAACGAAAAUUCGCUUUUUAAAAAUUUAGCGCGAUACCUAGUUAAGCGGCGUGACUUUCCACUUUGGGCUCAGGUAUUGGCUGAAGACAAUCAACAUAGAAGGCAAUUAAUUGAUCAGGUAGUUCAAACGGCUCUUUCGGAAACUCAAGAUCCAGAAGAUAUUUCAGCAACGGUAAAAGCUUUUAUGGCUGCUGAUUUGCCGAAUGAGCUAAUUGAGUUAUUGGAAAAAAUUGUCCUUGACAACUCUGUCUUUUCAGAGCAUAGGAACCUUCAAAAUUUACUCAUUUUGACAGCAAUUAAAGCAGACCGUACACGUGUCAUGGAAUACAUCCAGAAGUUGGACAAUUACGAUGCACCGGACAUCGCCAAUAUUGCUGUUUCCAACCAGUUAUAUGAAGAAGCAUUUGCCAUUUUCAAAAAAUUUGAUGUCAAUACUGCAGCAAUCAAUGUUUUGAUUGAUAAUGUGUCCAAUUUGGAUCGUGCUUAUGAAUUUGCGGAACGAUGUAAUGAACCUGGCGUUUGGGCGUCAUUGGCGAAAGCGCAGUUGAAAGAGGGUUUAGUAAAAGAAGCUGUAGAUUCAUUCAUUAAAGCCGAUGAUCCCACUGCAUAUAUGGAAGUUGUGAGCAAAUGUUCAGAAACUGGAAACUGGGAGGAUUUGGUUCGAUAUUUGCAAAUGGCACGAAAAAAAUCGAGAGAAUCAUACAUAGAAACAGAACUUGUCUAUGCUUACGCAAAAACAAAUCGUCUUGCUGACUUGGAGGAAUUCAUUUCGGGACCUAAUCAUGCUCAAAUUCAACAAAUAGGUGAUCGAUGUUUUGACAGUGGAAUGUAUGAAGCAGCCAAAAUUCUUCAUAACAAUAUAUCGAAUUUUGCAAAAUUAUCAGUCACACUUGUUCGGCUUAAUGAAUUUCAAGGUGCAGUUGAUGCUGCUCGAAAAGCAAAUUCAACGAAGACAUGGAAGCAAGUUUGUUUUGCUUGUGUUGAUAAUGAAGAAUUUCGUUUGGCACAGAUGUGCGGUCUUCAUAUUGUCGUACAUGCAGAUGAACUCGAGGAAUUAAUUAAUUACUAUCAGGAUCGAGGAUACUUCGAAGAAUUAAUUGGUCUGCUAGAGGCAGCACUAGGUUUGGAAAGAGCACAUAUGGGGAUGUUUACUGAAUUAGCAAUCCUUUACAGUAAAUAUAAAGCUGAGAAAAUGCGUGAGCAUCUUGAGCUGUUUUGGAGUCGAGUAAAUAUUCCGAAGGUUCUGCGUGCUGCAGAACAAGCUCAUUUAUGGUCUGAGCUUGUCUUUCUUUAUGAUAAAUAUGAAGAAUACGAUAAUGCGGCUCAAACGAUGAUGCAACAUCCAGUGGAAGCAUGGCGAGAGCAGCACUUCAAGGAAGUGAUCACUAAGGUGGCGAAUAUUGAACUGUAUUAUAAGGCGAUGCAAUUCUAUUUGGAUUAUAAACCUAUGCUAUUGAAUGAUCUACUUCUUGUAUUAACACCACGACUUGAUCAUUCGCGAACUGUAUCAUUCUUUGCUAAGUUGAAUCAGCUGCCUCUCGUGAAACCAUAUUUACGUCAAGUGCAAACACAAAAUAACAAAUCAGUGAACGAGGCUUUAAAUCAAGUGCUCAUUGAUGAAGAAGAUUAUACUGGUCUUCGCUCUUCUAUUGAUGCUUAUGACAACUUUGAUAAUAUUACCUUGGCACAACAACUUGAAAAACACGAAUUGCUUGAAUUUAGACGUAUAUCUGCGUAUUUAUAUAGGGGAAACAAUAGGUGGAAACAAAGCGUUGAGCUAUGCAAGAAGGACAAAUUGUACAAAGAUGCAAUGGAAUAUGCUGCGGAAUCGCGACAACCUGAAAUAGCGGAAGAAUUAUUAGCAUAUUUUCUCGAAAAUAAAUUACACGAUUGUUUUGCAGCUUCACUUUAUCAAAUGUAUGACUUGUUGCACCCGGAUGUUAUAUUGGAAUUAGCGUGGAAACAUAAAAUUAUGGACUUUGCGAUGCCUUAUAUGAUUCAAGUAAUGCGCGAUUAUCAUAGCAGGAUUGGAAAGUUGGAAAGAGCUGAAGCAGAAAGAAAAGAAGAGAUUCAAGGAAAUCAGCAACCAAAUGGAAGCAUGAUGGAACCACAGUUAAUGUUGACAUUUCCUGGUGGUGCACCGAUAAGUUCAGUACCACAAAUGUCUGCAGCAUACGGUGGUGUAACAGUAUCUAGCACUCCUUACGGUGCUACUGUACCAGCAACGAAUGCUUAUGGAACACCGAUGUAUCCAAGUAGUGGUUCAUAUGCCAUGUAG